AUGACCGCGGAGUACCAACAUCCACGUCGACUCGACACGGUCAAUGUUCGAAAUACUCUCUUUGGCAACGAGUCCCGCUUCAAAUGCUUCCAAGAAUCCCUGAGAAUGAACCCGGAUGGUGGUUGGCCAUCGGCUUUUGAACCCUUGAGAGAUGUAUGGGGGCGGCUCAUGGAAGAAGACUAUGGUAGUAGUCAAGGGGAAUGGGCCGCGGCUCUCCGCUCUGUCCAGCGAACACUCCAGAGCGCCGCACACGCGAUACAUAUGCAAGAGAACAUCUACAUUUGCGAUCCGACCAAGGGGUCGAGGGAUCCAACCAUCCAGUGGGUAUCCACGAGGGUGGUUGUCAGAGGAGUAGCAACGGACUUUGAUGAGUAG